CCUCCGGCGCUUGGGGGUCCCAGUCCCCGCCGGCUGCCGAGCGGGAGGGGUGGCGGAGGAGCCGCAGAGAUGUCCGGCCAGAGCUUGACGGACCGAAUCACCGCCGCCCAGCACAGUGUCACCGGCUCCGCCGUAUCCAAGACAGUAUGCAAGGCCACGACCCACGAGAUCAUGGGGCCCAAGAAAAAGCACCUGGACUACUUAAUUCAGUGUACAAACGAGAUGAAUGUGAACAUCCCACAGUUGGCAGACAGUUUAUUUGAAAGAACUACUAAUAGUAGUUGGGUGGUGGUCUUCAAAUCUCUCAUUACAACUCAUCAUUUGAUGGUGUAUGGAAAUGAGCGUUUUAUUCAGUAUUUGGCUUCGAGAAACACAUUGUUUAACUUAAGCAAUUUUUUGGAUAAAAGUGGAUUGCAAGGAUAUGACAUGUCUACAUUUAUUAGGCGGUAUAGUAGGUAUCUUAAUGAAAAAGCAGUUUCAUACAGACAAGUUGCGUUUGAUUUCACAAAAGUGAAAAGAGGGGCUGAUGGUGUGAUGAGAACAAUGAACACAGAAAAACUCCUUAAAACUGUACCAAUUAUUCAAAAUCAGAUGGAUGCCCUUCUUGAUUUUAAUGUUAAUAGCAAUGAACUUACAAACGGGGUAAUAAAUGCUGCCUUCAUGCUCCUGUUCAAAGAUGCUAUUAGACUGUUUGCAGCAUACAAUGAAGGAAUUAUUAACCUGCUGGAAAAAUAUUUUGAUAUGAAAAAGAACCAGUGCAAAGAAGGUCUCGACAUCUAUAAGAAGUUCCUAACUAGGAUGACAAGAAUCUCAGAGUUUCUCAAAGUUGCAGAGCAAGUUGGAAUUGACAGAGGUGAUAUACCAGACCUUUCACAGGCCCCCAGCAGUCUUCUUGAUGCUUUGGAACAACAUUUAGCUUCCUUGGAAGGAAAGAAAAUCAAAGAUUCUACAGCUGCAAGCAGGGCAACAACACUUUCCAACGCAGUCUCUUCCCUGGCAAGCACUGGCCUGUCUCUAACCAAAGUGGAUGAAAGGGAAAAGCAGGCAGCAUUAGAGGAAGAACAGGCUCGUUUAAAAGCUUUAAAGGAACAGCGUCUAAAAGAACUUGCAAAGAAACCUCAUACCUCUUUAACAACUGCAGCCUCUCCUGUGUCCACCUCUGCAGGGGGUAUAAUGACUGCACCAGCCAUUGACAUAUUUUCUACCCCUAGUUCUUCUAACAGCACAUCAAAGCUACCAAAUGAUCUGCUUGAUUUGCAACAGCCAACUUUUCACCCAUCUGUACUUCCUAUGCCAUCUGCUUCUCAGGUAGCAAGUACAUGGGGAGAUCCUUUCUCUGCUACUAUAGAUGCUGUUGAUGAUGCCAUUCCAAGCUUAAAUCCUUUCCUCACAAAAAGUAGUGGUGAUGUUCACCUUCCCAUUUCUUCAGAUGUAUCCACUUUUACUACUAGGACACCUACUCAUGAAAUGUUUGUUGGAUUCACUCCAUCUCCUGUUGCGCAGCCACAUCCUUCAGCUGGCCUUAAUGUUGACUUCGAAUCUGUGUUUGGAAAUAAAUCUUCCAACGUUAUUGUCGAUUCUGGGGGCUUUGAUGAACUAGGUGGACUUCUCAAACCAACAGUGGCCUCUCAGAACCAGAGUCUUCCUGUUGCCAAACUCCCACCUAAUAAGUUAGUAUCUGAUGACUUGGAUUCAUCCUUAGCGAACCUUGUGGGCAAUCUUGGCAUUGGAAACGGAACCACUAAGAAUGAUGUAAAUUGGAGUCAGCCAGGCGAAAAGAAGCUAACGGGAGGAUCUAACUGGCAACCAAAGGUUGCACCAACAACCGCUUGGAAUGCUGCAACUAUGAAUGGCAUGCAUUUUCCACAAUACGCACCCCCUGUAAUGGCCUAUCCUGCUACUACACCAACAGGCAUGAUAGGAUAUGGAAUCCCUCCUCAAAUGGGAAGUGUACCUGUAAUGACACAACCAACCUUAAUAUACAGCCAGCCUGUCAUGAGACCACCAAACCCCUUUGGUCCUGUAUCAGGAGCACAGAUACAGUUUAUGUAACUAGAUGGAAGAGAAUGGAAUUAUUCCAAAAAGACAAGUGCUCAAGCAGCAAAUACUUACUUCCAGCAAAAUCCAAACUGCUGUCUCUUAAACUCUCUUCUUCCAUUAGAAUGCUACAGUAACCCAGUGAAGGCCCAUGAAGGAAAUUGGGACUAGUAUAUAGGAGAACGUAUCAAUACAGUUUAUAAAGCCAAGAAUUGCCAUGAUUUCAGACUAAGAUCUUUUUGGUGACUAACCCUUCAGUUCUUUCAACUCUUAUUAAUACCCAUAAUCAGUAACCUACCAAGAAAAAAAAGCCCUUAUUUGGAAAGUGUAAAAUUUAUAUUUGGAAAAGCUGCCUGGAGAGAAGAGCCGUUUCCUUUCCUGUAAUGCAACAGGACUCUUUUGGGGGGAUCAAAAUCAUAAUUCUUAAUUUUGCAGUAUCUUUCUUUUCUCCAGUCUUCACAGAUACAGAAAUAGUAACUAAAAUUAACUUUUCCUUUAAAAAAAUUAUAUAUUCAGUUUGCAGUAGACAUUCCUUAAGUAUUUGUAUUUAUUUAUGAUUAUCAAUUUACAUAACAUUAAUAUUGUAUCAGACUUCCUUAUGAAAAUGAGUAUGGAUGUACACAGUAUGUUUGAUUUUUAUCCAUAAGACUGAAUCUGAUUCCGAAUGCUUUUCAGCUGACAUACAGAGCACUAAAUAUUUUAAGGCAAGCCCAUAGGUCUGAAUCGCUUAAGAAUUCUCAGUCUCUAUGGGAUUUAGGGAAGCAUUAUAAAUGCAUUAAUCCUUAUAGUCAAUUCUGUGCCUAGGAUUUUGCAAGGGAACAGUCACUGACUAGGAAAAGCACUACAUUUUAAAUUCAGCAUUAGUGCAUUGGGAAGGAACUUUACUGCUUUGUGCUUGGCAUGUCAAUUAUUUUCCAUUUGACAUUAGGGCCUUUCCAAAAUGAUUGUGAGGAAUUGCUUUCACUUCAAGACUUUCCUUCUUUUCAGUAAAACUCUAGGAGGUGUUAUGGGGGGAGGGCAGGGGACAAAAUCCUUGAAACCUUUUAUUUGGCUCAUGCCCAUGUUAUGAUCAUGUACCUUUUAAAUAAGGGGAAAUAGUAUCUUUAAAGUUAAUGUCUAGCCAAGAGUUUAGUUAACAAAAAAUUAAACUGCACUGUUGAUCGGUGCUUUGUGUAAAUACAUCUUAACGUUUCGGUUGAGAGGGGCCUUAAGAAGGACAGUUUGUUGUGGGAAAGCAAUUCUGUACAUGAGUUUAAGCAUACUUGUUGCAUUGUCUCUGCAGAUUCUAUUUUUGUUUACAAUAUUAAAAUGUAUGUUAGCAAAAAUGGGUGGAUUUUCAAAUAAAAUGCAGCUUCCACAAAAUUUUUGUUAUGGUAUUCUGGUCUGAGGUGCUUUUCUUUUCUUUUCUUUUCUUUUUUUUUUUUUUUUUUUUGCUUUUUCCUUUUUCUUUAUUAUCAGUAUCAUUAUUUUUUGCUAAUAAAAAUAUACCCAGGUGAUUAUAUUUGCUGAUUUAAUAAAAUGUAAAUUUUAUUUGUUUUAA